AUCCAGAGGAAGAUUGCUGACUUGGACUGAUAUUAUCAGUCUCUGGCCUCAUGAAUGGAAUCACCAUUUACAGCACCACACACACAUCCAUAGAUGCUGUGUGUAACCCUGGCUUCAAAUACAAAAGCUGAAAUUCUUUGUAUUUUAUUAUAUUUUUUUGUUUUAUUGGAUAACGAGAUCAAACUGGUUCAGAGACAUGAACCAAAUAGGUUUUUAUGAUUUCAAUUAAAACAAAACUAUUUCAAAAGGUCACCAACUAAAGAAAAGCAAAGCCUUCCCUUUUGCUCCCUCUCCCUCUCCCUCUUUCUCUCUGCUUUCUGUUCCCCACCACCACCGAUACCACCACCACCACCACCACACACAAUAUGUCUUCUGCUCCAAACCACCUUAUAAAAUAUUCUACUGAAAACUCUUUACCCAUAGAAUAUACCAGAAAACUUCAGUAUGCUGUUAACCAAGGGCCGUUGCCGUCGGCCAUUUCAGCAUUGUCACAGGCCAACAAUGUAUCAACACCACCAAUUGCAGCGACAUCAGCAAUAGCAGCAGUUGUGUCAACUGCAGCAGUAGCAUCACCACCACCACCACCACCACAACCACCAGCUACAACAGUAGCAACAACUAGCACUUCAAUUAUUCCUCGUAUAUCCACCCUGAAUGAUAAACCUUUCUAUGGGGGCAUUUAUAACAACCAGUUGUCCAGUUAUUACUUGCAGCCUCAUGGAAUGCUGUCUAAUGUCGCCCCAACACAGAAGCUUGUCCCAAACUGUUAUCUCCAGCAGGGCCACGACAAACAGUUGAGCACCAAUGACAAAGUCCCCCAUCAAGGUGUCAACAGUCUCCCUAAAUAUCAAUCAAUGCCAGUCAUUCAGAAAGCUGAUACACCAGUCAAGUCAUUUCAUUGUGCCAGUUGUGAAAAGAGCUUUGCCAGGAGAAGUGCACUGCAGUUGCAUCAAAGACUGCACACAGGCGAGAAGCUGUUCCAUUGUACGUUUUGUGCCAAAAAGUUUGUUCACCGAGACAAGUUACAAAUCCAUGAAAGAAUUCACACAGGAGAGAAACCAUUUCAUUGUGAGUUCUGCACUAAACAGUUUUCUAGGAAGGACAAGUUAAAAAUUCACUUGAGCUCACACACAGGUGAGAGGCCUUACCAUUGCAACUACUGCCCCAAACAGUUUGUCCUGAAAGACAAACUACAGAUCCACGAACGGACUCAUACUGGAGAGAAACCGUUUAUGUGUGAAAUCUGUUUGAAGAAGUUUGCACGAAGUGAUCGUUUGAAGAUACAUCGAAGGACCCACACAGGUGAGAAGCCCUACCACUGUGACCUCUGUCCCAAACAGUUUGUCCAGAGAUGUUAUUUAAAGAUUCAUCGUAGAAUUCACACUGGGGAGAAGCCAUUCCAGUGUGAUGUAUGCCAGAAGGACUUUGCACGCAAGGAUAAGUUACAGAUUCACAUGAGGACGCACACAGGCGAAAAACCUUUCGAUUGCGACAUGUGCUCUGAGCAGUUCACGCGUAAAGUGCAGCUGCAAGCACAUAAGAAACACGUGCAUGCAGUUAUGAGCAAAUUGUUUUGCUGCGAGGUGUGUAUGUUGCAAUUUAGUGAACGGGAUGAAUUACAGAUCCACCAGACGACACAUGCUGGCCUCAUGUCGUUCCAGUGCGACGUGUGCAACAAGGAAUGCACAACAAUGAGUAGUUUGGAGAGCCAUAAAAGAACACAUGAGGUAUUUAUGAAACCCACACUGUGCAAAAAUGUCAAGGAAUACAGCCCAGGGAAUCUUCUGUGGGGCCCAGUCCAUCCUCAAACAUAACUCCAUUCAUGUACAACUGCAAUAUGGCCCCAGUAUAAUUCUCUAUCUCUUUCUUUCUCCUGUCUCCUCUAACACAACAUGUUUGUGUACAUAUAUAUCAACAUACAUGUACAUAUGUUUUCUCACCUCAUUAUAUAUCUAUAUACAUGUGCACAUAAACACGCUGAAAAUAUUUACAUAUGUAUUCACACAAUUA